AUGCAAUUUUCUAUCGUCCUGUCAGUCAUUGCCACCGCUUCUGCGGCUGCCCUUCUCCCCGGAGAAGUCGCAUGCCCUACCACGAAAGGCUCUAUGUGUGGUGUCGCUAAUGCCGGCGGCAUCAAAAAUAUCACCUUCCCUACAUGCAAGUGCAAUGCUGGAUGUAGGGGUCAGGUCGAAAUCCUCGGUGUUCAGUUCGAUGCUUGGAUCGGUGUAAGUAUAUAA